UGAAUAGUGAUAAUUGAUAGUGAAUGUGCAACAAUAUACAAAUUACAUAUCUAUUACGAAGCGCUUAAGUAGUAAAGCUCAGCAUACGCACGUUAUCCACAGACGGUUUGCCAAUAGAAUUUACACGUUGUAAAGAAGUUAGGAAUUUGUCACUAUUUAUCCCGUUCUACCGACUAUCAUUCCAUAGCCGUGAAUGAGUUUGGAAAGUUUGGCGAUUCUUGACUAGCGAAAAGAUAUAUAUGUGUUGAUUUAAAAUGCCUUUAGCAAAAAGUAUACUUCAUCCAUCUGCUGUAGAAGAUUUACGGAGCCACAAAUUGAAGCGACUUGUACCUCGUCCUAAUUCAUAUUUUAUGGAUAUCAAGUGUCCAGGUUGCUACAAAAUUAAAACAGUUUUUAGCCAUGUUCAAGAAAACGUGAAAUGUGACGGUUGUCUAAUAGUACUUUGCAGACCAACUGGAGGCAAAGGGAAAUUGUCUGAUGGAUGUUCAUAUCGAAGAAAACACUAGGGAAAUAUUUGUUUUAAAUUCAAAAUUAAUUUUAAAUUUAUUGAUAUUUUCAUAAAUAAAAUUAUAUUUUAUCUACAUUA